AUGAACCUUGUCCGCCGAUUCUUCGCCAGUGCAACAUCACCACAAGCCAUGUCGGACGCAAAGAACAAGGCCCAGAGCAUCAUCGACGAGAACGCCGUCGCCGUGUUCUCCAAGUCGUACUGCCCCUACUGCUCCGCCUCUAAGAAGCUCCUCGACAGCGCAGGCGCCAAGUACAAGCUCAUCGAGCUUGACCAGGUCGGCGAUGGCUCCGCCAUCCAGGCCGCGCUGAAGGAGAUCUCGGGCCAGUCCACCGUUCCCAACAUCUUCAUCAACCAGAAGCACAUUGGCGGCAACUCGGACCUGCAGGCCAAGUCAGGCCAACUCAAGAGCUUGCUGGCCGAGGCUGGAGCUGCCGAGUUGUGA